AUGACAAGUUAUAAUUAUGAUACUAAUGUCGUUAAACAUGAAAACAAAUUAGUGCAAAAUAUUAAGUGUGAAAAAAAUUGUUUUGGUACUGUUGAAAAAUGGUGUAAAAUAAAUCAAACACCAAAAAAUAAUGCAACAAUAAAUACAAUAAUAUUGAAUGAAAUAUCAUUAUUAAAAAUAAAAUAUCCAUUUUUAUCGGAUGAACAAAUACGUGGAAAAGCACUGGUGAAAUAUGGAAUUCCAUGUUUUAUGGGAGACGUUGUCAGGCAAGGACCGAAUAAAAUUGUUAGUAAAUUGUUCCAAGAUUUGAGGCUGAAUCCAGUACAUCAGCCGAGAGUUCCACCAGCUUUCAUAAUGAAUCGAAAAAGUCAAAUAAAUUUGAAAAAGAAAAUUAAAAAAAUCAAAAAAAUUGAUUCAUCAUCAGCAUCAUUGUUGUCGAGUCAAAAAUUAUCUCAAAUAUUUUCUCUACAAAAUGAUAAUAAAAUUUUGAAUGAUACAAACAAAGAAAAUAUAAAAUCAACUGUUCAUUUAACACCUCGCAAACGUAUGAGAUAUCCAUUUAAAAAAAAUUUAUUCAACAUUUUCUCAUCUCUUGAUGAUGAUCCUACAUGUGACGUUGACGAAAUAUCAUCACCAUCAAAACGAAGAAAAUUAAAAGCUAAAAAAGUCGAAGACUUAUCAGAUGAUGAAUAUUCAUGCAUAUUUACUCCACGUCAAAAAAAAAAUCAACAAAUAACUAUUAUAGAUAAAGAAAAUUUAACACCGAAAAAAUCUAAAAAUAUCAAGCCAACAACAUUGAGUCAACUGCCUGAUGACAUUCGUGAUGAAAUUUUAUUUGACCCAUUUGAAAGAAAAAAUAAAAUUGCUCGAAAUUUGAAUGAUUCAAUGAAUUCUACAAGUUCAAAAAUUGAUUUUUUUGGUAAAAAUGAAAGUUUUGCAUCAUUAAGUAAUUCACAAAAAUCACAAGAAACACCAACUCUUAAUUAUGAUGAAUUUUCAUUUGAUGAGGUUGAACAAAAACUGCUAGAUUCACCAAUUUUUAAUUUAAAAAAUUCAUAUUCUUCAGUUUUUGAAGUUGAUGAAGAUAUUAAAUGGAAUGACGAUUAUAAAUCUCAAACUGUUGAUAACAAUUCAACGUUGGAGGAACGUUCAGUGUACAGUAAUUGGCAACCGACACAACAAACUCAAACUUCAACACAUUCAUCAACUGUUUCAUAUGGUAAUUCAUCUGUAACUUCAACUGAUAAUCCAUGGAAAAAUGUAACAAGUCAAGAUUUUAGUGAUUAUGAACGUGUCAAUCCUUGGAGUCAAGAUACUGUCAAAAUUUUUUCUCAAGAACUUGAAGAAAUAAAUUCUGAAGAUGGUGAAUGGAAUGAUUCACAAAAAACAAUAAUAAAUGAUCAGUUAAUUAAAGUUAAUGAAGAUUCAAAUGACACAGUUAUUUCAAAAAAAUUAUUAAAAUUAAAUUUUAAAAUGUCUGAUAUUCAACAGAAUGGAACAUUUGUUUGUUGUUUCAUGAAUGAUUGCCGACUCUAUAAUGGUAAUAUAAAGUCUCCAAAUGAAUUAGCCAAAAGUCUUACUUUAGGUGUUGAUGAACCUUUUGUUAAAAAUCUUAUAGAUAAAAUUAUUAAAUCUCUUAUGCAAGAUGAUGAUUGAGUACUCAUUAAAUUACUCAAAAAUUAUUGAUAAAAUGAUUUAAUUUUCAAGUAAAAUAUUGCAUAAUAUUUUUUUACAUUAAAAUUCAACAACUAUGAUAAGAAAAAUAUUAAAAUUUUCAUUCCACUUACAAAAAAAAAAAAAAAAACUAUUGAGUAGUUACCAAGUUUAUAAGUUUAAAGUGUUUCAAUGUUUUUUAGAUAUAAAAGUUUUUAAUAUUUAGUAAAAUUUAAAUUAUUUAUCGACGAAUUAAUAACAUCAUUGAAUUAAUAGUAUGCAAGUUAUUAUUACUGUUAUUUACAAUUUAUCAACUCAUCAAACGUUGAGAGUUCAUUAGAACCAUUUUCAGCUAGUUCUGAAAUAUAUUAGAUUAAUUAAUUUUUAACUUUAUUUAAUAUUUUCUAAUUUUCACAUCAUCAAAUUAUUAUUAAUGAAAAUUGAAUGAAAUAAAAAUUGAAAAAAA